AUGGAUGAGUCUGUAAAGGCAGCUUUUUGCGAAGAUUUUGAUGAGUAUAGUAAAGAAGACUCUGGCUUAGAAUACUUUCUGCUUUUGGCCACUUCCCUCAAUGAAGUGUGUCUAUACAUGGGUAGGUAUGUACACUACCAGGUCAUCGAGCAGAAGAUGACAGGGCAGCCCGCGACUGAAGCUUUUUCGAACUUGGCUGAAAGUGAGAAGAUUUCACGGAAUGGCUUUCACCAAUCCUGCUUUGACGACACCUGCCUGACGCGAGGCACGGGUGGCCGUUACACCGAUCAUCUGAUGUGUCAACUUAUCGCAUCUGAUGAGACUCUCACUCGAGUGCUGCAAGAGGCAUAUGUGCUAGGCAAGCCUUUGAACGAUGGUUGA